AUGGCUCCUGCUCCAUAUUUCACCAGUGUCACCUCGGAAUCAGCAUUCAAGGCUCGUUGCCAAGCCGAAAAUGGAAAACCCUUUUCCGACCUCCAAAAUGUGGCUGCCAGUGGCUGGGGACGGUCUCAUCUGCUUGCAUGUCGUGUAGUACGACGGGAACCACAGCGCAACGUGCUACCGAUUCUUUCACAAUGGAGCAUGGCAUCUGAUAUACAGUCAUCAUCUGACGAAAUCAGAGCAUUCUUGCAAGGUCCCAAUUUGACAUUUAUGGCUCAAAGCGAGCACUAUUUGGUGCGGGGGUCUAACUGUGGCAUCUCUCUAGCUCAAACCUGGGCGGCAAUGGCUAUGUUCAAAGGAAGUCGGGACCGACGCGCUAAAGGCCUGACUGAUUUCCAGGAAGGAAGCGAAAUCGACGAAGACCAACUUGACAGCGACGACAACACUAAUCCAAGGAUACCAAAGCGACCUAGACGAGAUACAAUUCAAACGGAUUUUGUCGACUCUAGUAGGAUCCAAAUUGGGUCCAGUAGUCCACCAUAA